CUCAGCUGUAAUUCCUUUCACCGUGUCAAUGACAGCCCCGCAUCCUGCAUCACAUCGCGUCUCGCUCUAUCAUUCUGUUCGGUGACCCGCCGCUCUUCGUGACAGCCGGCGACGAUCAUGAAGUUCGGAAAGCAGAUACAAGCGGAGCAGAUUCCUGGCUGGUCGUCCGCUUAUCUGGACUAUAAAUCUCUCAAGAAGAUUAUCUCGUCUCUUGCUGCGAACCGCCCGGUUCCCGAAGCGACAAGGACUGCAAUCGCUUUACGUCCUGGCGAAAUACUCAGUCGCCCCGCGGCAGAUGCAAGCGCUGCGACCCCGAGUAUAUCAGACGAUCCCCUCAUUUUCGCCGCCCUGGGACAAGAUGACGACAGGGGCCCCAAUUUCCAAGCUCAUAAAGCCGCUUUCUUCUUCAAACUCGAACGGGAAUUGGAGAAGAUCAACGCAUUCUACCUACUCAAAGAGGCAGAGCUGAAAUUACGGCUGGAAACGCUGCUUUCCAAGCGACGGGCAGCGGCCGCGCGGGUAUUGCCAGACUCGUUCGACGAUGCGACAAAGAACCAUGUCGAGUGGAGCGCCGUGGAAGAAGGGUUCCGUCUGCUUGAGCGAGAUUUGGGGAAGCUGCAGGUAUACUGAGCUCUCAUCGUCUGCCAGCUGAUCCACACAUGAAAAUCAUGUAGCAAUUCAUCGAGAUCAAUGCGAUUGGAUUCCGCAAGAUUCUGAAGAAAUGGGACAAGCGAUCCAGAUCAACGACCAAGGAACUUUACCUCUCGCGACAAGUGGAGGUGCAGCCAGUAUUUA